CGACGCGGAACUCGGAAGAGCUGCUGCGCUCUCCGCUCCGGCACUCCGGCUCCGGUGGCAUUCGCCUGCGAGCCGCUGCGCCGCGCGGUCGCGUACGCUUCGUCCGACGCAUUUAAAUCGACAACACAGCGUGUGUCAACCGGUUUUCCAAUACGCGCGCCUGUCAACCCCGCCGUGAAAAGGCCUACCACAGCCGUUCGCACGCAUGAGCCGAGGAGACACCACCACCGGUCCAUCCUCUCCCUCGCACGCCGGCGACACAAAGCGAAAGGAAGAGGACGAGUUUUAUCUCAUUUCCUCUUUCUCCACUUUUUCCGAGAGAAGAGACAAUUCGUACGGUAUUUUUCGACGAUCGCCGUCGUCGUCGUCGUCGUCGUCAUUCCGUUAUCGAGAGUAACCGGCGUGACGUUGGGAAGCACAGAACGGUAUCCACUUGCCUCUGCACGGUGAAAUUAGCGCGGAAAGUGGCUGGCUGGCUGGCUGCACGCUCCGUUUCGUUUCACCAAGACGUGCAGAGAAAUUAUAGACGGGGAGAAGAACAGGAAGCGGAACACUCGCGAAGGCUCGUAGAACCGGAGGACUUCCCCUCCUCGCGUUCCACGCGACCUCUCUGUGAUAAUCCCGCGGGUUCGUUUCGUCGUCGGGGGGUCGCCUCCGAGUGAACGUCUGGAGACUCACUCCCCCGCCGGGACAGUGAGGGUUAAUAAGUGUGCUGUGACAGCUGCGGAAACAACCUCCGUGGAGAAUGGAGCCAUGGACGAGGAUCCUGCUGCUGAUCGUCCUUCUGGGCGCCGCCAGCUGUCAUAACAACUCCGUAAUUACGGACGAAGUGACGACCCUUCGAGAUUACGAUCCUCAGUUCAUGGUGGGCUGUUACUUUCCUGCGGAAUUCCAGGGCGAAUUCGUAACGCAGGUGAGCGGAGGCAUGGCGAACGAACCCAUUCAAUAUUCCACCAUUAACAUCACCUUCAACGCGAUACCGGUAUGGGGCUACUGCCACAAGAGGUUCGGCGAUAAUGUGCUGCUAAUGAGCAGGUACGACAACAAAGAUUGCAUACGGUGUUUCCGGCUGCUGCGGAGAUCGCGGAAUGUCAUUGAAAUAUUCUCGGAACCUCUCAACAGGUGUUACAUAUACAAGGCGCCCGCCGUGGCCUCUUGCGGCACACUCCACUUCAACUCCAGUUCAAUAAUGCUGUACCGAACAAAAGAAAUCGGCGGUUCACCGAUCCGGAAUGAAUACUGCCCUAUCGCUGGUCUUUAUCACUUUAAAUACAACAUCAACAACAAUUCUGCGAUCUCGUUGGAAUGCAAUUCGUACUCUUCCGAGUUCAGUAACUGUCCUGAUGGAUCGAUCUUGAAUUUAAAAUUUAAACGGUGUAACUUUGAGGCGCGCGAUCUCAUGUAUAAUUGUUUGGGCAGUUGGCCUGGACCAAAUAAUUCUAAAUAUCUUGCUCUUUGGGACAGUAACGCCAGCGAUGACAGGCCUCAAUAUAGAUGCGGGUUAUACCACGUCGAUAAUAAAAGAGGGAAAACUUAUAUGGCAUUUAGCAGCGACUCAAGCUGCACGCAGGAUUUAGAUAAUUCAACUAAUGGAUACGAAACUUUAAUUUUGAGCAAGAGUCUAAAUCAGAAAAAAGUGCCAGAUUACGUGAAGAAUCAUGUUGCUACAUUUCCCAAAUGGGCGCAGGGAUUAUGGGAGGAGUCUCUUAUAGUUAAUGGUACCAUGACUUUCACCGAUCUCAAUGGCUACAAUAGUUACACCUUUAUCACUGUGGAAUCGAAUGAGGACACUGGCCGUUAUGUGGUAUACUCCAAAGAUCAAUGCGAGCAGGCUGCUUUUGUGUGCUUAAUGAUGAGGCAACGAAGUGAAAAUGUAUUGGAAUUUACAAUAGCAGGAAUAUCACACACAGGGAUGAUUUUGAAUCCACUGGGCUAUCAAAACGAUUUGUGCGACGAUCCUAAUUUUGAUAAACCGGUGUGGAUGACUCAAGCACGUAUCGAACGUAUAGUGGAGUCGCCCUGUCCAAUAACAGGUCAAUAUACAGGCAUGAUAACAGAUUUGUCAGGAAUGUGUGCCGAAUUAAGCAGUAACUGUAACACUCGAGAAAUAAUGUAUUUUAAAGUAAGUGACUGCGAGUCUGGGGAACUAUACGAAGAGAGGACAUAUCUGUGCUUGGGACAAUGGGAGGAGAAUGGUGUGAUGUAUACGUACACUAUGAGAAACGAUACUGCUACGAAUGAAUGUUUCGUAGGUUUAAUCGUUAAUGACGAAGAGAUAUACAUCAAGGAAGCUGGCGAUCAUUGCAUGAGAAAUAUAGAUCCUAAGAAACAAGGGAUGCGUCUUUACAAAAAGGGACAAUGUUAUGGAAAUUCGCCAAGUCCUGCGCCAACCCCGAUGAGACCGAUUCCUCAUAAUCCAAUAAUGAGGAUUACGACUCCACGAUCGAGGAUAUCAGGAGCUACUAGAACGCCAGGAAAUGCAGUUUCUUCAUCAGCUCUCUGCAGAUUGACAACAUCCAUGACUUAUAUGCUCUUCGCUGCUGUAGUCAUCGCAUUUUUCAAAGCAGCUUCUUCAUACACGCUCGAAUAAUGACACCAUUUUUACAAAUUGAAUAGUGAGCUAACUGAUGCUAACUUUAGUAUAUGUAUUAGAAAAUCAAGGCUUUUUUAACGUCGAAUUAAAUUUUAUUUCUUUGAUCGAAACGAAAUUUUAUCCGAAUCGAAUCAAAUAGAAUUGAAUUAAAUCAAAUCAAAUUAUUGAAACACAAUCUUUAAUUAACAACAUAAUUAUUACCGUUGAAUUUUAAGCCAUAGAUAACAACAAUAAAAAAACGUUAGCUAUGUAAGAAACACAGGUAUUAAUUAUACGAUAUUAUUAAUAUAUUUUAUAAAAUCAAUUUAAAUGUGAUUUUAUAAAAUUGUCAAUAUAUGUAAUUCGUAUUCAAGUCUCUUAGAUUCAAAAUUGUCGAAUAGUUCAGAUUCGAAUUGUAGAGAUUGAAAUUUUAACUAGAUUUGAUUUAAUUCGUAUUCGAAUAAUUUAUAUAUCUUUAGUACACACAUUACCGCAUUUUUAUUCUUGUCUUACAGACAAUCGUAAAUAAGUCAGUUAUUUAUUGCGAAGGUCGAUCUGAAACAAUUUUGUAGAGAAUGUAACAGAUUAUCAUAUUUUUCCUUCUCGCGCAUUAUUCUGUCGUGCCGCGUUUUGAGAGAUUUUUUUUUCUUUUUAAACAAAUAUAAAAUCAAAAACUUUUAUUUACUCCAUCGAAUUGACGAAUGUAUAGGAAUUUAAAAAAAAAAGAAAAUUUUAAGGCUGCAGAUAUUUUUUAUCGAUAUUUAAGACUUGAUGUGACGUGGUAUAUACAAUGUAUUAGAAAUGUGCGAAUCAAGGUUUUUUGACACCAAUUCGAAUCGAAUCAAAUUAUAUUUAAAUCGAAUCGUUAAAACAUAACUUUUACUUUAAUUACUAAUAUAAUUAUUAUUAAGUCGAAUUUUAAUAUAUAGAUAAUAAAAAGAUUUUCUAUGAAAAAUAAUAGUGAUGAUACAAAAUUAUUUUAAAUAUGAUUUUAUAAGAUUGUCAAUAUGUGAAUCGUAUCUCUUAGAUUCGAAUUUUCGAAUAAUUUGAAUUUAAAUAAUCGAAAUUCAAAUUCGAACUAAAUCGACAAAAUUUUACUCGAAUCGUUAAAACAUUUAAUAAUAACACAAUUAUUAUUAGGUAGAAUAUUAUUAGAUACUAACAAGAUUUCUAUAUAAGAAAAAUAAUAUUAAUUAUAUGAUAUAAAAUCAUUUUAAAUAUGAUUUUAUCAGAUUGUUAAUACAUAUGAUUCUUAUUAGAACCUUUUAGAUUAAAAAUUUUCGAAAUAGUUCGGAUUUGACUUGGAAAUUCAAAUAGAAUUUUUAUCUGAUUCGAUUCGUAUUCGAAUGAUUUGCACAUCUCUACAAUAUAUAGAACUCUAAUCAUAUUAUGAACUCUUCACCGACGAAGUUGUGAUUAAUUCAUAUUGCGAAUUAUUACUAUUUAUUUAAGUUUUCAAUAGAAAGGCUACAAGUUAGGUUUCAAUAAUCGUGUUUGGGCACUGCCUUGUAAGAUAUAGAUAUUUCGCUGCGACUGUCCACGAAAGUCCAAAGAGUCGUUGUCUACGUACAGACAAAUGAUAAGUUUUUAACAAAACAAACAUCACACAAACAUAUAGAAAGGUGACAUAGAAAUAUAAAAGGGAUUGAUGGUAAUUUUUCAUGAUUUUGUGAUAAUAAAUUCAAUUUACAAUUUUGAACAUCGCGAAGAUAAAAUGUUACACUUUAUUGACUAUCAAAUUUCUUUUUAAUUACGUAAAACCUGAUAUCCCUUAUAUGUACUAUUUAGAAUAGUCAAAACAGUGAUAUCUUCUAUAAUACAAGUAAAAUGUCCCUUAAAUAUCCGUAGAGCAGAAAACGCGCCAUAAUUAAAUAACUUGACAUAGAAAGAUAAAAGAAUUAAACAGUUGCAUAAGACUGACAAAGCUACUAUUUUAAUACGCUAUGACUCAGUCCUUUCUUCUCCAUUAGAGAUAAAUAAUUUUAGCAAAUGUACAUUCUUAUUCAAUAUGAAGGAAAAUAUAUUUUCACGAACAAUACAUAUCAAUAUAAAAAUAAUAUAGAAAAAAUUAAAAACUCUGUAAAAAGUUUACUGAGAAAAGUUAGUAACAUGGAUGAAAGUUGCUUUGGCUUACAGACUUGAAAUGUAAUUUAGCAUUUCGAUAUUUACGUAUAUCGAAAAGAAAACUCGUAUAAUAGUAAAUAUAAAGUAAAUAAUGUUCAAAUAAAGAUUUAAUAAAAAUGCAAUAACAAAGAAAAAAAACCAGCUGGUACAAAAAAACAAUUUCACAAAAAAAUACUUUUUAUUGUAGCAUGGUUUAAACACAGAUGAAAUUUAAUAUCAUACAAAAAGUUUUACAUAAAAUUUCAUAUAAAAUUUUUCACAGUCAUAUAAAAAGUUGAUAUGAAAUUUACAUCUGUGUUAUACAUGGUUCUCUAACCAUUCUAACUUGUUCUCGCAUUUAGACUCAUACGAAAAAUGAAAAAUUAUAUAUGUAUAUACAUAUGUAAACUUGUCUAUUAUUUAUUAGUGUAUAAUAUUAAUAGUGAGGCAGAUUUAACGAAAUAUAUAUUUACGAAACUCGUAACUAAAUAUGAUUUGUACAGAAAAUUGUAGCUAGUAAUUUUAACAUUUUAUCUCUUAUCAAGUAUCGCUAAGUUUGGUUUUAU